UGUAGCUCGCCCACACACUCAGGACUCUUCACCACUUGAGGAUGGAGUGGGAGAGUAGGAGCUGAAAUAGCUCCUGCAGUAGUCCUGUACAGACGCGCACGCGCACCGACCACAGGUCAAGCUUUUUAGGAGUCAAACCUUUGCAACCAACCAUGAUGGAAAACCUGUACAGGCUCCAUACGCAUGUCAGAGUGAGUCAGUGUGUGGAGGCAGUAGCAGUUAUGUCUCACAGAGCGAGCUGACAGAACAGGACAGCUAGUACUAUAUUAUCUUGUUUUACACUAGGUAUACAAGAGGACACUGAUACUAGAAGAGUAACCCUAAGACAGUCAGCUAGUACAGUAGGACGCAUUAUACUAAAGAGGAGUAUACUGUUGAUUCUACAGAACUGACUAGACAGGGCAAAAGACACCGUUGAUUGUAGAUGGAUAUGCAGCUUGUUUCAGUGAUGUACAUACCAGAUCACUAUCAUCCAACCCUCUCAGUCUACUGACUAAAGAGGAGAGAAGAGGAGAGGAAGACAGGAGAGGAGAAAGAGUAUAGACGGAAAGGGAAAGAGGACUUCCCGCGCUGCUGGUUGAAGGUGUGUGUGUACCAUGGCAGGGGCUCAGCCAGGGACACAUGCUCUGAAGCUUAAACCCCCGACCGUCCCCGAUACUCUGCAGAAUGGCAGCCGCUUCAUGAAAUGGGAUGAUGAUCUCUCAACAGUGACUCCCAUCACCCUGACUGUGGAUCCACACGGAUACUUCCUUCACUGGACUGACCAGAACAAGGAGACAGAGUUGUUAGACAUCACCCAUAUAAAGGAUGCCAGAACAGGGAAGAGCACCAAAACACCAAAGGAGGCGAAGCUGCGUGAGCUGCUUGAUGUGGGGAACCUAGUUGGUCGUAUAGAAAAUCGUUUGUUGACCAUAGUCACAGGACCGGACAUGGUCAACAUCACAUACCUCAACUUCAUGGCCCUGCAAGAGGAGGAGGCCACGGAGUGGGCUGAGGAGCUGUUCUCUCUGGCCUCCAACCUGUUGAGUCACAACAUGAACAGAGAAACAAGUCUGGAGAAAGCGUAUGUCAGACUGACCCUGCAGCCAAACUCAGAGGGGCGGAUCCCAGUGAAGAACAUCGUCCGCAUGUUCUCAGCGGACAAAAAGAGGGUGGAGACGGCUUUGGAACACUGCAAUCUACCAUUUGGACGGAGUGACUCUAUUCCCCUUGAGGACUUCACCCUUGACCUUUACAGAUCUUUCCUCUCCCACCUCUGUCCUCGGCCAGAACUCAGCUCAGUUUUCUCUCAGCAAGGUGCUAAGGGUGCUUACCUGUCGGUGGAUCAGAUGACAGAGUUCAUUAAUGAGAGGCAGAGAGAUCCUCGUCUGAAUGAGAUUCUGUAUCCUCCUCUCAGACCCUCUCAGACACAGACCCUGAUGGAGAAAUAUGAACUCAACCACAGCCUGCUCAAACAAGGCCUGAUCACGUUGGAGGGGCUCAGUAAGUACCUGGUGUCUGAUGAGAACGGAGUGAUUCCUCCUGAGAAGCUGGACCAGUCCGAAGAUAUGACCUUCCCUCUGUCUCACUACUUCAUCAACUCCUCACAUAACACCUACCUCACAGCGGGGCAGCUGGCAGGUAGUUCGUCAGUGGAGAUGUACCGUCAAGUGAUGUUGGCAGGCUGUCGGUGUGUGGAGUUAGACUGUUGGAAAGGACGGACCACAGAGGAGGAACCAGUCAUCACACACGGCUUUACCAUGACCUCAGAGAUCUGCUUUAAGGAGGUGAUUGAGGCCAUCGCUGAGUGUGCUUUCAAAACCUCUCCUUUUCCCGUCAUUCUGUCCUUCGAAAACCAUGUGGACUCGCCGAAGCAACAAGCCAAGAUGGCAGAAUACUGUAGGUCGAUUUUUGGAGAUGCACUACUGAUUGACCCACUGGAGAAAUAUCCUCUGGAGUCUGGGGUACCCCUGCCAAGUCCUCAGGAGCUGAUAGGUAAGAUCCUCAUUAAGAACAAGAAAUCCCACAAGCCCUUGGCUGCCCAUGGCAACAAGAGAAUGGCAGAGCACCCAACCAACCAGAGCGUAGUAGCAGAACAGGCAACAGAUGAACCCUCGUCUCCUAGCAACAUUACAGAAGGAGAAAUAGAGGGUGAAGACGAUGAUGAUGACGAUGAUGAUGAUGACGAUGACUGUAAGAAGACAUCAGAUGAGGGGACAGCAGAGGAGCGGGAGGCCGUAGCCACAGAGGAGAUGUCCACUCUGGUCAACUACGUCCAGCCCACCAAGUUUAACUCCUUCGAGGCGUCCAAAAAGGUUAAUCGCAGCUAUCAAAUGUCAUCAUUUGUGGAGACUAAAGCUCUGGAGCACCUCACAAAGUCGCCCGUGGAGUUUGUGGAAUAUAACAAGCAGCAGUUGAGUCGUAUCUACCCUAAAGGCACUAGGGUGGACUCUUCCAACUACAUGCCACAACUCUUCUGGAAUGCUGGCUGCCAGCUGGUGGCGCUCAACUUCCAAACUAUAGAUCUGUCUAUGCAGUUGAACCUGGGCAUGUAUGAGUACAAUGGGAAGAGCGGCUACAGACUGAAACCAGAGUUCAUGAGACGACCAGACAAACACUUUGACCCGUUCGCUGAGAGCACCGUGGACGGCAUUGUGGCUAACACAGUCAAGGUCAAGAUAAUAUCAGGCCAGUUUCUGAGCGACAAGAAGGUAGGUGUGUACGUAGAGCUCGACAUGUUUGGUCUUCCUGUGGACACCAGGAGAAAAGCCCUGAAGACCAAGACAUCCCAAAGCAACGCUAUCAACCCUGUCUGGGACGAGGACCCAAUCAUCUUCAAGAAGGUGGUUCUCCCGACAUUGGCCUCUCUUAGGAUUGCUGCAUUUGAGGAAGGAGGAAAGUUCAUAGGUCACCGUAUUAUCCCUGUGCCAGCCAUACGGCCCGGUUAUCGCUACAUCGGCUUGAGGAAUGAGAAGAACCAGUCUCUGAUUCUGCCUGCUGUGUUUGUCUACAUUGAAGUGAAGGAUUAUGUCCCAGACACCUUUGCAGAUGUGAUCGAGGCGCUGUCUAACCCCAUCCGGUAUGUGAAUCUCCUGGAGCAGCGAUCCCAGCAGCUGGCUGCUCUCACCCUAGAGGAAGGGGAGGAGGAGACCAGCAAAGAGGUUGAGGCUAAUGCUGAUCAGCCAGGGCCCGCUGAGCCAAAAUCGAACCUACGACCUGCUCCUCUGGAGAACGGUCUCAGCCCCAGCCCUACCGUCACACCCAGGACUCCUACUAACACACCUCAGCCUGCAGCCACAGAACCAGCCAAAGCAGCGUUGAAGACUGAAGACAUGGUGCAGAGCGUUCUGAUAGAUAUGGAGGCGGCCACACUAGAGGAGCUCAGGCAACAGAAGCUGAUCAUGCGGGAGCAGAAAAGACACUACAGGGAGAUGAAGGAUGUGGUGAAGAGACACCAGAAGAAGACUUUGGAGAUGGUGAAGGAACAUACCACCAAAUACAACCAGGCUAAGAACCAACACACACGCAGACACAACGCUCUCCUGAAGACUAAACAACAUGGUAAGACAAGAAGCUUGACGCCUGGAGGGGAGGCUGAACUGAAGCAGUUUGAUGAGGAGGGAGAGGACCAACUGGGGGAGCUGAGAGAACAACAACAGCAACAGCUACUGGAGCUGAGGCAGGAACAAUACUACAGCGAGAAAUACCUCAAAAGAGAACAUAUCAAACAGCUGAUGGAGAAACUGACUAUGGUGACUGAGGAAAGCCAGAACAACCAGAUGAAGAAAUUAAAAGACAUCUGUGACAAAGAAAAGAAAGACCUGAAAAAGAAAAUGGAAAAGAGGAGAACAGAGAAAAUCAAAGAAGCAAUGACGAAAGAGAAGCACUUGGCUGAAGAGGAGAAGUUGGAGAUCAACAAAUCAUAUGUGAAUGAAGUGGUACAGAACAUCAAGAGGCUGGAGGAUGCCCAGGCAAAACGUCAAGAGAGACUGGUGGAGCAGCACAAAGGCAUCCAGCAACAGAUUCUGGAUGAAAAACCAAAGCUGCAGGGUGCGGUGGAGGCGGAGUACCAGGAGAAGUUCCGCCUGUUGCCGGGGGAGAUCCAGGACUUCUUGCAGAACAGAAAAGGAGGGGUCAAAGGUCAUGUCGUGCCCCGCCCCUCCACCCCUCAUGACACGCUCUCUGAGGAGGAACUAGAUGAGGACCGAAGGGAGUGAGAGAGAGGGAGGAGAGAGAAUGGGAAAAAGUCCAUCCUUUUCAUACUCCUACUCUGUAACCCGGAAAACGAUGAGUGGUUGAAUGGUCGAGGAGAGUGUCAAUUCGUUAGUAGGCAAACAGAGAAGUAUGCUCAACUCCUCAAUUACCUACUUUGGCAGAGGAUGCACAAGAGUAUCCUCCCGGCGGCUAGCGCAGAAGUGUUUAAAAAUCUGCCACACCCCCUUUGAAUCAGCUGUUGUUUUCUCAAAGGAGAAAAGCAUGAACACAUUUUAUCUAUAAAAUGUGUUGCACAACAAGCUACAUUUGUUUUUAUCACUUUACACAUUUAUUUUGGGAUUCCACCCCUGUAAAUAUAAUUUGCCUGAUAAUGCGAAAGUGGAGAAGGAGAGUCUCAUUUCAUACAAGUGGAUUUGUUUCCACAUUUCCUCUCCUCGCCUCUGCUCCUCAAUUACCUUUGACCUUUUUCAAAAGCAGGCAAGCAGUGGAGGGAGGAGAGGACAUGAGGAGUCGAGCAAAACCAAUUGAGGUUCUGCCAGAGAGAGAGAGAGCUUUUCUUCUUAAUGAAUGCUGGUUUAGUGAUGCACUCUACAGGUAGUCCGGGACAAUGUGUAUUGUCAUGUUAUCUGCGGCAUAUUAACCAUAACUUUUUGAUAGUUGAGAUUUGAUAUACAGUAUACUAAUACUGCUACAUUGUGCUCUCCUGCCUUAGAGGACUCAUAAGUAGGCCUAGUGGCCAAGCAGAGUGUGUUGCAUGAGGCCAAGCAAAGCACGUUAUUAUUCUACUGACCACAUCUUGACCUCAGACACGGUCCUGUUGUUCUGACCGCAUGUGAUUCUUAUCUGGUCGUGGGGUUGUGGUAGUCAGUGGACAAGGGAGAGGCUUUUUGCUGAAUUUCUAUUUGCACUGAAAUGUACACCAUUUGCUUCUCUUUGCAACACUCCUGGCUGUCUGUGCUUUUCUCUUGAAAGACGUUGCUGCUGAAAAGGUUUGUUUAAUUGUUUUCUACUUGAUAUUAAUUCUUUUAGAGAGUUUUAUAUACAGAAAUUUUGCUAAUGACAUUGAUAUGUUAUUUAAAAAAUAAUGAGCUGUUGAUUGUUGUGGUUCCUUACAGUUUCAGGGAUGCAUGACUUUAUGCAGUAUUUUUAUUGAAUGUUUCAAAUGUACUAUUAUAUGGUUAUUAAAAUGGAUGUACUGGUUCAAUCAUAAUUAAUGACUUAGUUUAAUUUUAGUUUAUGUUAAAUUAUAUUUAAUACAAUUAUAUCCCAAACCAUUUCCACCCCUAUCUCAUGUCUUACUCCUGAUGUAGUGUAAAAUAACCAAAUAAAAUGUCAGAUCCAACAAAUAUUUAAGAAGCGGUUUCACAGGGGACCAACAAUGUGUUGCAACUGGCUAAGUAUGUUUUUGUUUGGUUAUUUAUUUGUAUUUAUUUUACUUUUAUGACAUUAUCUUGAAUAGUGUUAAUGUUACGGGACUGUGUGUCUGUGUUAAGGUGAGGGCAUUUGUCCUGUGUAUGUGCUUUGCCCAGAAUUUGUGAAACCCCUUAUUUUAAAUAUUUCACUUUAAGCAUCAUAAAAUAUGUUUGACCAUUUUUCUGGGGUUGGAUGUAUGUUUUGAUAAAACAACUAUAGGCCUAGUAUACCGUAGAAAUUACAAAAAAUGAAGUUGUAUUAAGUUUGGAUCAAUAAAAUUACAUGAAUUCCUAUGAAGAAAACCUACAUUUCUCAACAUGUUAUGGAAUUACAAACUGUGUUUAAGUCUCUUUUUGAAUACAGGUUUCAGGUAAUUAUAUUAAUAUUUCUGAUGUAUAUAAUUGUAUUGGGUUUAUUUGUAUAUAGUUGCAUUUGUUUGAUUGUAGUACUAUAUUCAAUAAUGAUAAGAUAAGUCAAAUAUAUUGGGGGUUACUAGUAAGUAUGUUACUAGUAAGAAUUAUUUGUUGAUACGUUUAACUUUAAAAGUUCUCCUUUGUAUAGAGCCUUAGCUCUCAGUAAUGAUUUGCCCCUUGUUUUUGUGAUUACUUGAACCACAUUUAUGACUAAAAUAUUUAUUCUGAAAUGA